AUGUCCGAUCACAGCAAUUCCUCAGACCCCGAAGAACCUGAAACAUCACGGCCAAAUCGCUGGCCUGGCGCCCCUUCGACUUGGCAGAGCCUAACAGCCCAAGAACGCGGUCUCGCGGCGUCUUUAGACACGUUGCGGGAUAGAGAUCUGAGCGUUCAUUUGUAUAAUGCCCAUGCGUUGAAGAAGCGUGCCGCUUUAGGGGUCAGACAGGAUGACGAAGACGCUGCCGAACCUUUCGUUCCCCCCAAAUCAUGGACAGCUUGGCCGCUUCCUCCUGAUACUGUACCCAAAGAGGGGGAACCGAUUGGGCGAGAGGAUUCAGAUGAGGUGUAUACAUUUCAGAGGAGGGAGAAAGAAAGGGCGAGUGGUGUGUUAGAAGAUGUGCUUUUUGGAAUUUCGUUGAAGAGCGCGAAGGAGAGGUUUGAGGGGAGGGAGUGGGCUAGUGAGGAAGGGAGAGAUGUUGAUGAUGAGGAUGAAGAUGAAGAUGGUCUUGUAGCGCCUCCCGAGGAAGAGCAUAGUGGUGAAGAUAGAGGACCGAUUAUCAAGGAACAAACGCCCGAGAAGAUAUUAUUACAUCCCGUAGUGUCGACUGAUGAUGAGAGGUCGAGGGAGGUUCUUCGGCCUACUAUCAGGCAUACGCUUUUGAAGUUGGAUGACGUUCUUAUGGCUUUGCAUCAUGCGAGGAAGACUUGUCGACGAUAUUCAUCAGUAUCUGCGCCUAAUACGGGCGAUGAGGAGGAGUCUAGCGGCGAAGAAAAUGAAGAAGGUUUGGCUAAGAGGCCACGGGGACGACCUAAGAAGUUCGAAAAUUUGACACACCGAUCGAGACCGGAACUCGAGCAGGAGGCAAAUAUGGGCGCCGAGAUAUUGCGAGCUAAGAAACCUGGUCGGGGUCGAAAACCGAAGCAAUAUCCACGCCAUGCUGGCGAGACCGACCGCGAGUAUCUUGUACGAAUUGCCCGGCUACAAAAGAAGCCAAUCCCGAUAUUCUCGUCUGAAGAGAUAGGCACACCUUCAAGCGUCGCAAACCCGCCCAAAAAAGCUCCAGUACCUAAACUUUCGACUGCACGGAAGUCGCCCGCGCCAUCCCCCUCGGCCCGUAAAGACAGAAUACCAUCCAGGGACGCAGACAGAAGAGCUCAGCGUAAUCUUGGUCUACGUGACUGGAGCGAGGUCCUAGGCUCAGCUGCUCUUGUUGGAUUUCCUCCAGAUGUAAUAGCACGAGCUACACAACGCUGCGCUAAUCUAUUCGGCGAAAGUAUGACUAUGAGAACGAUGGUCGAAACUCCAUUCGGUGGCUCAAAUCCCGAUACCUUGACGACAUACCAACCUGAAGCCAUCCCUGAUUUUGAAUCCUCGCUCUCGGAUUCUGAAACCUCCGACAAUAACGAAGAAUCAGAUCUAGAACACCAUUCCUUCAAGCAAACUAGACCCCGAGGCAAUGCCCCUAAGAAAGAAGUAUGUUAUUGCCCCAUCAGAGACUGCCCGCGCCAAGUCCGCGGGUUUAGCAGUAUGCAAGAUAUGCGCGCGCAUCUGAUGAAGGGACAUAGGAUGAGCAAGGAGGACAUUGCUGAGUUUGAAGUGCCAAGUGAUGAGGAGAUGGACGGAGCGGUGCAUGUUGAUGGAUUCUUGGGGAUGGAAAAGAGGAUAUUGAGGGGAAGAGAUAGGGGGCAGAGGAAGAGAAGGAGGGGGCAAAGUGGGACUGAGAAUCGGGAAGAUGACGAUGAGGAGGGAAGUACGAGUGAAAAGUCAGGUUCGGACCAAGCGAGUGAUGGGCAGGCAAUCGUUAGAGAAGAUGGAGGGAAUACCGAUAGUGAUAAUGAAGAUCCAUGA